AUGGCCCGACCCAUGGAUCUGGAGGCACAGCGCAGCGACCUUAACGGUGGCGGCCACGAGAGCCUGAACGACGAGAGCCGCGAGAAGCUCUUUGAGAAGGACGGACAGGAUGAGCAGAACAGCAGCAGCAGCAGCAGCUCGUCAUCUUCGGGGCUCUCGACGUCCAGUUCGGCCUCGUCCACGCUCGAUGCGGCCGAGUACACGGCGUCGGCAACGAGCAAGUGGGCGUAUCUGGCGUCAUACUUUGCCUGCAAUGUGGCGCUGACGCUCUACAACAAGGGCAUCCUCGGCCGGUUCGCGUAUCCGUGGCUGCUCACGGCGAUCCACACGGGUUCGGCCUCGAUCGGCUGCUACAUUUUGCGAAUGCGCGGCAAGGUCACGCGCACAGCAUUGUCACGGCAGCAGGAGUCUGUCCUGCUCGGCUUCUCCGUCCUCUUCACCAUCAACAUUGCCAUCAGCAACGUGUCGCUGGCCAUGGUGUCUAUCCCCUUCCACCAGAUCAUGCGCUCGACCUGUCCCGUCUUCACCGUGCUGAUCUACCGCCUCCGCUACGGCCGCACCUACGGCACCCGCACAUACCUCUCGCUCGUGCCUGUUGUGCUCGGUGUCGCCCUCGCCACUUACGGCGACUACUACUUCACUGCUACCGGCUUUCUCCUCACCUUUCUCGGCGUCUUGCUGGCCUCGGCCAAGACUGUUGCCACCAACCGGAUCAUGACUGGCCCGCUCGCACUCUCCCCUCUCGAGUCCCUCAUGCGUAUGUCCCCCUUGGCCUGUAUCCAGGCCCUCCUGUGCUCCGUCCUCUCGGGCGAGAUCUCGCGCAUCACAGACGGAUACACCGUCGUACCCAUCAACUCGCACAUGUUCUGGGCGCUGGCCGGCAACGGCGCCCUCGCCUUCGCCCUCAACCUGGCAUCUUUCAGCACCAACCGCAAGACUGGCGCCCUUACUAUGACCGUCUGUGGCAACGUCAAGCAGAGCCUGACCGUGCUAUUGGGCAUCACCAUGUUCGGCGUCAAGGUCGGCGUGGCCAACGGCAUCGGCAUGUUUGUUGCCCUCGUCGGCGCUGCCUGGUACAGCGUCGUGGAGCUGGGAGCAAAGGCGCCAGCUCGACGAUAG